AUUUUCUACUUUCCUUGCAGAAAUACAACUGAACGACUUACACAGAUUGUAACACAACUUCUGAAUAUAUAAGUGAUAUCUGAUAAGAACCUCCUUUUCUAAUCAAGGAAGAAUACUGCAACAAGAAUUUGAAUUUUAUUAACUCCAAAUCUUGAAUAACGUAUUGGGACAUUGUUAUGAGAAUAUUUUUUCAUUCCUUGGUGAUUUUUCUACAUGCUGCCUAAUUGAUAAUAAAUUCAUUCAGAAUGUGAAUUGAUGGAAGAUGUCAUUUUGUUAAACAUGUGUGAAGAUAAUUCAUUUCAUGUUCGUUACAGAAUGGAAGCAUCAUGCCUGGAGCUUGCCUUGGAAGGGGAGCGUUUAUGUAAAGCAGGGGAUUGUCGAGCUGGGGUAUCUUUCUUUGAAGCUGCAGUUCAGGUUGGAACAGAAGACUUAAAAACACUCAGUGCUAUUUAUAGCCAGUUGGGCAAUGCCUAUUUCUACUUGCAUGAAUACGCAAAAGCUUUGGAAUAUCAUCAUCAUGAUUUAACUCUUGCAAGAACAAUUGGGGAUCAAGUAGGAGAAGCUAAAGCUAGUGGCAACUUGGGGAAUACCUUAAAGGUCCUUGGGAAUUUUGAAGAAGCAAUUGUUUGCUGUCAGAGGCACCUUGAUAUUUCGAGAGAUCUAGGUGAUAAGGUGGGAGAAGCCAGAGCUUUGUAUAAUCUUGGAAAUGUGUAUCACUCCAAAGGUAAAAGCGCUGCCUGUGCAGGUACCCAUGAUCCAGGGGAAUUUCCAGAUGACGUUAAAACUGCCUUGAGGAAAGCUGCAGAUUAUUAUCAGGACAACCUGACAAUUGUAACAGAAUUGGGAGAUAGAGCUGCCCAAGGACGUGCCUAUGGAAACUUGGGAAAUACACAUUAUCUUCUGGGCAACUUCCGAAGUGCUGUUACUGCCCAUGAACAGCGCCUUUUGAUUGCAAAAGAAUUUGGUGAUAGAGCUGCAGAAAGAAGAGCCUACAGUAAUCUUGGAAAUGCCUAUAUCUUCCUGGGAGAAUUUGAAACUGCUGCUGAAUAUUAUAAGAAAACAUUACAACUUGCAAGGCAGCUUAAAGAUAGGGCUGUGGAAGCCCAGGCCUGUUACAGCCUUGGAAACACCCAUACCUUACUUCAGGAUUAUGAGAAGGCCAUAGAUUAUCAUCUGAAACAUUUAGCAAUUGCUGAAGAAUUAAACGACAGAAUUGGUGAAGGAAGAGCAUGCUGGAGUUUAGGGAAUGCAUGCACAGCUUUGGGGAAUCAUGAUCAAGCUAUGCAUUAUGCAGAAAAGCAUUUAGAUAUUUCAAGAGAGGUUGGAGAUAAGACUGGAGAAUUGACAGCUAAGCUUAAUCUCUCAGAUCUUCAAAUGGUGCUUGGUCUUAGUUUCAGCACAAACAACUCUGUGAUGACUGAAAAUCAGAUUCCAGAUUAUAACUUGAAUGGUACUAAACAGAGGUUAGGGCGUCGCCAUAGUAUGGAAAAAUUGGAACUUAUGAAACUAACACCUGAGAAGGUUCAGGAUUGGAACAGUGAAAUUCUAGCUAAACAGAAACCAUUGAUUCCCAAACCUUCAGCAAAACUGCACUUUGUAAAUCGAUUGAAAGGGAAAAAAUACAAAAACAUUACUUCUUCUAAAGUUCUUCAGGAUACGAGUAACUCUAUUGACCAUCAACUAAAUUCACAGAAGAAAAGCAGCUUAGACGUCCCUGGAGACGAAGGAUUUUUUGACUUGUUGAGCCGAUUUCAGAGCAACCGAAUGGAUGAUCAGCGAUAUUGUUUCCAGGACAGGAACAGAAUGACAGUGACGGCUUCUGCCACAACAUCCAGAAUUAUGCAAAAAUCCUUUUCUGCUUCAAUGCUCUCUCCACAUACAGAUGAAUUUUUAGAUAUGCUUGCUAGUUCUCAGAGUAGACGUUUAGAUGAUCAGCGGGCCAGUGCCAGCAAUUUACCUGGGCUUCGUCUUAAUCAACAUAAUAGUCAGUCCGUCCUUGGUCACCUGAUGGCCAGCAAAAACAGCGAACCAGAUGAUGACUUCUUUGAUAUAUUAAUAAAAUGCCAGGGCUCUCGAUUAGAUGACCAGAGAUGUGAACCACCACCAAACAUUCCAAAAGGACCAACCGUUCCUGAUGAAGAUUUCUUCAGCCUUAUUUUGAGAUCGCAGGAGAACAGAAUGGAUGAACAGAGAGUCUUUCCACCAUCUAAUUUGAAGAGGCCAAAUUCUACCUAAUGGACCUAAGCUCAAGUGAAAGAACAAGGGAGGAUUAUGUAAAGCAGCAGCAGAUAGUUUACAUAUAAUGCCUUCAGGGGAAAAAUAUAUAUAUAUAUAUUGAAAAUAUUCAGUAUGUGUACAUAGAAUACGGUACAGUCAUUACUACCACGGCUUAAAAUCGGGCAUUUAAUACUGGUUCUAAAGUCAUCUGUAUAGUCUUAUUUCCAUACUGUCUGCUUUUCUGUUCAUUUCUCUUUAUGUAGAUAUACUGUUUUCCUUUAUUAAUACAAUUUGUGUUUAAGGUACUUUUGUCACAAAUUUUGGACAACUAUUUCUGCUAAAAUAUGUAAACUGUAGAAAUAAAUUCAUUUUCUAAUUUUUACAUAUUACAGAAGGUUUUAAAAUGAAUGGUAUUGUGGUUUUUUUAAAAAAAUUUUUUAAUACUGUUGUGUUUUUUAUGUUUUUAUCUAUAAAACAGUAUUAAGUCGAUGCAAGGAAAAAAAGCCAAUUCAGUUUAGGCCAUGAACAAAGUAUCCAAAGCCUUCAUCAUCACCUCUCAUUGAGUUUUAAA